AUGAAGCCACCUCCCACAACCGAGGCCUCUCCACGGGAUAAUGAUGACGACGAUGAUCCUGCCAAGCAGUUAUUUGCUCGAGACGGGUUUUUGGUUCUUCGGAAUGCGCUCUCGAAGGAUCUCUUGUCGGAAUGGCAACAAUUCGCCAGCGACUACUUUGAGCAAUGCUUUGAAGAGUUGCACCAACGAGGACACACGCCAUUCCCAUGCCACUACAAUGGCGAGACGUAUGCACUGGGAUUGGGAGUAAAACACGGCUUUCGAGAGAUUGUCAUGCGUUCUCCUGGUCGCUAUGAGUUGUCUCUGCUGCAUUGUCAAGAGAAGGCUCCCUCUAUUCGACAGUUCCAAUCGCGGUUGUCUGUCAUUCCCAAACUGUUGUCGGGGGAUGACGUUGACACUAACAAUACUACUAAAAGCUGCUGGGACGAUCUUUCCCUCUGUCAUUUAUCCUUGGUAGUCUCCACUCCUGGGGCUUCCGAACAAUCCUGGCAUGCCGAUGGAGGUCAUGUCAGUACAAGCCAACAUCUGCCCUGCCAUGUGGCCAAUCUCUUUAUUCCUCUUGCUCCUGUAUCACUGGAUUUGGGUCCGACCGAAUUUCGACCGGGCAGUCAUGUCUACACCCGCAAUCUGGCACCCCUCUUGUUGGCCGCCAAGGCACGCAAGGAACUGAGACCACCCGUGGCGCCACUGUUGGACGAGGGCGAUGUCUUGGUCUUUGACUAUCGAGUCUUGCAUCGUGGCAAGGCCAAUACGACGCACGAUACAAAUAGACCCAUUCUGGUAUUGACAUUCUCCCAACCAUGGUACAAGGAUGUCUGCAAUUUCCCCAAGAAUAGUUUGUACGAUCCGCCCACAACCACGGAGGAAACAACCACAACAACGGCAACAGAGUCACAAGAAAAAGAAUCCAAAAAUGCGGGUGCAUGA